CUGGUCAAGCGACGCCGGACGACCAACAAUGAAUUAUCGAACGAUAAGGAGAAUCUGCUCUACCGCAAGCACCACGCCACCGGUGCAGCAGCCGCCACGGCCAUGGCCAGUGUGAUCGUGAACAAUACCAGCCUGAUCGCGAAUGGUGUAACGAUCGCUGCAACCACCGCCAAUCUGCCCACCACGAUCACCAAUGGUCGGAACGGCGGUGUUAAGAACGGUCAUCAUCAUCACCACCACAACCACCACCACCAUAACAACAACAACAACAAUAGUAGCACCAACAAUAAGAACAUAAAUGAUAUUUUUGAUAAAGUGUACAAGAAACCGCAGAACACGUUCGCCGCGAAACAGCAACCGAGCGCCGUGACGAUCCUGCGCACCGCACCACCGUCAGCGAUCGAGGAGGACCCACCGGUGGUGGCCCCCGAAGUGGGCAUCGAUUACACCGAUCCGGUCGGCCAGUGCGGAACGGAGAAGUUUUCGUUGGCCGAGUUUCUGAAGAACCAUACGGAGGUUUCGAUUUCGACCGUCGGCGGAGGUGCUGUGAUGACGACGACGGGCAAGGAUGGAAAGACAGCAGCAACAGCAGCAUCACCACCACUAUCCUCUCCCUCGAUCGACGAUGAUGAAGGUCACGAUAGUUCCUGUUCCGGUUCCUCCGGCUCCUCGAGUUCCUCCUCUUCGUCCCGCAAGCGCAAGGCUGACAAUGGUGAGCGUAAUCCACGCAAGCAACAGCAACCCCGACGGAUCGAUGAUUUUGAAGUGGUGGGCCCGGGCCCUGGCGUGGCGAAAGCAACAGCAUCAUCACCUUCGACACCAUCCUCAGGACCAGAACCGGCGGCGCCACGGCCUAUGCUAAAAGUAUUGUCACCGGCCGAGGUGGUCAGCAAGCUGGAGGAGCGAAAGGAACGUGAUCUCGCGGAGCAGAAGCUAUCGGAAGCGGAGGAUGAGGAGGAGCAAGAGCAGCAGCAGCAGCAGCAGCAGCAAAAGAAGAAAGAAGCAGCAGUGGAAAAGCCGGAACAGGAAAUAAGGCCGGUCGAAGAGAGUCCGAGUAAGUUGGCCGAUAUCCGGGAUAAGCAUAUGAUACAGCUCGUAACGCGGCGGCUCUGCUGCCGUAUCUGCCAGCAUAAAGGUGCGCUGGAGCAUCUGGACAAUUGCCAUUAUCACAGCAAGAUCUCGCUUCUGCUUCACACUCGCUGGCGCCAUCAGCGCGGUAACGGUGCCGCCAGCCAGAUCCGGUGCAGCGAGUGUAACACCCAGUUCAGCCGGCGUUACAAGUUUAUCCUGCACCAGAAACUAACCGGCCAUAAGGGUACGAUCGAUGAGAUAAAAAACCGGAAUGGUGUCACCGAACAGGGUGGUGAUGCCGCCACCAUGCCCGGGGAUGCAAAGUGCGCUGGCCAAAGGGUUCUACCAAAGAAGCAGCGAAAGCGCAAACCACGCAGCCAGUGUUUUACGCGACGCCGGAAGUGAACGCCACCGGGGCACGCCAUUCCAUUGCCAUAUUGCCAUUGCCAGAUAUAGGUCGCACGGUAUAUUAGCACCACCGGUUCGUUACUUAUUACCGGAAGGAAGGCGGGG